GUGGAAUCAUGUUACCUAGAGAUGAUGGAAACUGUAACACACUGCGAGGAGUCACUAAGGAACUUGCAGGUCACUCUGUCUGAAGCUGAAAGGAAAUAUAAGCAGGUGAUUGAGUCCAAUGCCCAGCUAAAGAAAGAGAACUCCAACCUGACAUCUGACUCAGAUUUACUACAAGACUGGGUGCAUGAGCAAGAGAAAGAGCUCUCGAAGAUCAAGCACAGGAAUAAUAAGAUAAGAAAGGAGUGUAAGCGUGAACAGAAGGCUCACAGUAUCCUGAAGUUACAGUACAAUCAGAUGAAGGAAACUUUUACCCAAAAUGAAGAGUCACUAAAGCUGUCUCUGGCUGAUGCUGAGGAGAAAUAUGACCUGGUGAUUGCGUCCUUUGCUCAUCUGGAGUCUUACCUGAUGUCCCAGGUGAGCACACUGCAAGCCUCAGUGCAGCAGGUGGAGGAAGAGCUCUAUGAGACUCGCAGGAAGUGUGAUGAGAUAAUGAUGAAGAGGGAGCAUGAAAAGGAGGUUCACAGUGUUCUGAAGUUGCAGUGCCAAGAGAUGAGGGAAAAUUUAGAACAGUGCCAUGAGUUACUAAAAGUAAGCUUUUCCUCUCACUAUGUCAUGAGUGAUAUAGUACACCAUGUGUCAGUUAUGAGUCAGAAAAGUAAAUGCAGUACCUCAUUAGCACAUGAACAUUUAGAAGCAAAUAUUUAAACUUCUACAUGAUCAUCUAACUUAGAAAUUAAAUCUGUAUUUUCACAGAGUCAUUGCAUAGGUCUUGGAUCUGAGGAGCCUGUGGUUCUGUGAACCCCAAAUACCUGCCAGGGUGGUGUUUAACACCUGAAUUACUUUUUACUAUCACCCAACAUAAUUGUCACAAUGGUUUCUGUAACCUACUAACACAAUGCCUACUAGCAUUCUGUUUUAUCCCUUCAUGAUGUUCCAUUUCACCCCUUCGUGAGGUCUGUACAACCAGCAGGCCAUCAGCUGAACUUCAUUGUUGGACUCUG